GAAAAUCUUUGCCUGGACUCAGGGAUUUAUUACCAUCAGGUUUUCGGCACUCUUGAUUUUCCAUCAUGUUGCCAUCUUCAAUAACUAAACUUUCUGUAGUAUUGCUCAUGGUAUGUGGCCUAUCAACCAGCUGUCCUGCAGAAGAAGACAUCGCUCCGUCUUGCAUCUGCGAAGACAGAGGCAACGGUCCCAUGAUGAUCUGCUUCCACAUUCGAAGCCCCGACGAACUCAUACAACCCAUGAAAUCAGCGGAGCCCUACGAUAUGUUUUCGCUUGCCAUUAGCAACUCAACUUUACAGUACUUGCCUAGUGAACUCUUCCACGGAAUGAGAUUCCGAAGUAUCAGAUUCAUGCACACCCAGCUAAUGUCUCUUUCUGACUCCGAUGUGGCUUUCGAGGGACUGGAGAACUACCUGGAGAAACUCCAAAUCUUAGAGGGCCACUUCGUGGCCCGAUGGGAGUGGGACCAACUCAGGAACCUGAAGAAACUCGAGCUCCUGGACGUGAACGCCAUUUCGCUAACUUCCAUCGACGAACCCUUUCCGGAACUGAAGACCUUGGAGGCCCUUGGCUUCGUCAAUGCAGACAUUUCAUUUGUGGUUGAGAAAGCAUUUGCAAAGUUAGAGAACCUUAGGAUUUUCAACAUGAAGGGGAAUUCGUUAAAAGAAAUCAAGCGAAACAUCUUGCCAAACCCAGCUGCGAAACUUUUGUUUCUGGAUUUUAGUGGAAACAAGUUGGAGCAUUUGCCAGACGACAUGUUUAAAAAUAUGCCAAACCUAGUUGAUGUAGAUCUUGAGAACAACCACUUCGCGACAUUGAAUGAAGACACUUUUUCAUGGCCUCUGAAUAACUUGGAAACUUUAGUGCUGCGUGGAAACCCUUUCAAAUGUGAUUGCCGUCUUCGUUGGCUCGUCGACUCAAGUAAGCCAAAAAGCUUUUCCGCCAAAUGUGCAAGCCCAGAACAUCUCAAAGAAAGAGAUCUUUCCCGAUCUUAUUAUAAAGAUGCUGUAUGGUGUGAUAGUACUGAAACUGGUUGA